GUGCAUGGCCAACUGCGUUCCCGUGCCGUAACUGCGGUAAAUAUAGCAUCAUGUGUUGGUUGGAUUCGCUUUGUCGGUGCUUGGAGUCAUUUGCCAUUGACGGCGAGAGUUUGCUUACCGGAAGAUGAUAAUAAUUGCGGGUGUGUGUGUGGCAGAGAUGUAGUGGGUGGAGUCGCGAGACUGACCGGUGAGGGACGGGCUGGGACGUAAGAGCACCUGUUGCUAUUUUGGUGCUCUUAAAAAAAACGCACACACCCACACACACACACACACACACUGAUCUGAAAGACGGACUGUAAAGCGCGUGUCUAAUCUCUGAUCUUCUCCAGAGGAACAGUAUAGAACCGAAGCAUUACGCGCGUGGUAUCAACAGUCUUACUUUUUUUUAAACUUUUUUUUGUGUUUCAGAUAUCCUAUCAUUCGGAUUUUGUUUAUUUGACCUGAACUGCCUGGAUUAUGUGACCGUGGCGUCUGAGGGUAUCAUGCUACACGAUGUAGGCCUUUUGGCGGCCACAAUGUGCGAUCCUGGACUAGGAUUAAAUCAGGUGUGGUAGUUAGCUACCUCUCUGGAGCUAAACUCUUUCCCCAGCUCACCUCGAGAGAAAACCAAAACCGACUCUAGACGUUUCCCCCCCCCCGGGAGUGCUAGGAUGGAUAGCGAAAUGAGACCGAGGCUUUGUUUUCUAACGAAAGGAGCGCGCGGGUAUGGGUUUCACCUCCACGGGGAACGGAAUAAAGGCGGUCAGUUCAUACGGAAAGUGGAACCCGGUUCUUCGGCCGAUUUAUCUGGGCUGCUCGCUGGGGACCGGGUGGUUGAGGUGAACGGGGAGAACGUGGAGCACGAGACGCACCACCACGUGGUAUCCUGUAUCCGUGUGCAGGAACACAGGGUGAGGCUCCUGGUGGUGGACCGCAUCACGGAGGACUUCCUGUCCUCCCACGGCCUGCCCUGCUCCGAGGCGCUGGCCGUGCACCUGGGCACCCUCUCCCCUCGCACCUCCCCCCCGCCCCCCCCCCGCACACCCCCCGCCGCACCCCACGACGGCGCCCGACCCCGCCUCGGACGCAGAGGCUGCUUCUUCACCUCGUUUCACUUCCUGUCUUUCUCCAACGUUAACUUCCUCAUUGUUUCACAGUCAAGGCUGGAGUUGUCGGGGUUACCGACGACGACGAAGACGGAACUCGUCCCCCGGUUGUGUCACCUGGUGAAAGGGGUUCUGGGAUACGGCUUCAACCUGCACAGCGACAAGACCCGGCAUGGCCAGUUCAUCAGGUCCAUUGACCCCGACUCACCAGCCCAGCUCGCUGACCUACGACCUCUAGACAGGCUAGUGGAGGUGAACAGGGUGAACAUCGAGGGACUGAGACAUUCCGAGGUGGUGGCGCUCAUAAGGGGCGGGGCCGAGGAGACACGCCUCCUGGUGGUCGACCCGGAAACGGACGAGCUCUUCAAGAGGCUGGGGGUCACGCCCACAGAAAGUCACAUCAAAGAGGUUUAUGUUGAUGAGCCAGAGAGCGAAAGCGUCCCGCCCACCCCCCUCCCCUACAUGGACCCACCAAUCAUCAACGUGACCCUGAUGGAUCCACCAAUCACAAUCAACUCUCCCAAGUUACGGACCAAUGGGAGCUCAGCAUCCCAGUCCUCCAGCGGCUCAACCACCCAAUCAGAGUUCAGCAGCUCAGAUAUGAGUAUUCAGAUCCCAGAGGACGAGGAGCGGUGUGUGUUAGACCACUUCCUGGACAGCGGUCUGCGUUUGAGCCCCACUGCAGCCGAGGCCAAGGAGAAGGCCCGCGCCAAGCGCAGCAAGAAGACAGCGCCCCCUAUGGACUGGAGCCAGAAACAGCAGAUCUUCAGCAACUUGUGACCUGGGAG